UUCUUUAAGUACUCUUUGGUUUGGUUGUUUAUAAAAAACCGCGGGCGGUGAUGUCGACUUUUAAGUUUAUAUUUUGAUCUAUUACGAACACAAUUAACUAGGUACCGUGAAUUCAGUCUUUUAUUAAUGUUAAUUCAUUACUCUAGUAUAUAUCUAUAAAACUACUUUCAGUUACAUUCAAUACGUCGAAAAUGAUAUCAAACAAAAUGAGAGACCGACAAUCAGAACUGUGUUCAAAAUACAUCAAAAUAUUUUUAGUCGUAUCCUGUUACUGGAUUGUAUCAAUAGCAACAGUUUUUGUAAACAAGAGUUUAUUAAGCGGGCAAUCAGUGCACUUAGAGGCUCCUUUGUUCAUCACAUGGUUCCAGUGCAUAGUGUCAUUCAUUAUAUGCUUCACACUGAGCAGUACAGGAGGAAUUCCUGGUGUCUUUAGUUUCCCUAAAGGUACUCCUUGGUGCAGAGAGGUUGCCAGAAAUGUGGUCCCUCUAUCAAUUAUGUUCACAUUGAUGAUAGCUUUGAACAACCUGUGCCUGAAGUAUGUUGGGGUACCGUUCUACUUUAUAGGAAGAUCCCUGACAACUGUGUUCAACGUAGCACUGAGCUGGGUACUGUUGAGGCAGGCAACUUCAUUGAAAUGUAUGCUGUGUUGUGCUUUCAUCAUAUUUGGAUUCUACCUUGGAGUUGAUCAGGAGAAUUUGUUAGGUUCAUUUUCUCUCCUUGGAACAAUAUAUGGAGUUGCGGGUUCCCUUAUGCUCUCACUUUAUUCCAUUUACACAAAGAAAGUGCUACCAAAUGUAAACCAAGAGGUGUGGCUGCUGUCUUACUACAAUAACGCAUAUUCAAUAAUAAUAUUCCUGCCAUUAAUUAUUAUUAAUGGAGAGCUAAGUGUGUUGUGGAAUUACAAUAAUUUCGAUAGCACAUUCUUUUGGGUGCAGAUGGUUAUCGGUGGAGUGUGCGGAUUCGCUAUUGGAUAUGUGACUUCACUGCAAAUAAAGGUUACAUCACCACUAACCCACAACAUAUCCGGGACAGCGAAAGCGUGCGCCCAAACUGUGAUAGCAACCCAGUGGUACAAUGAGAGUAAGAACACCCUUUGGUGGACGUCCAACAUUAUUGUGCUGGGCAGUAGUGCGCUGUACGCGCGCUUCAAACAACAAGAGAUGGAGGAACAGUCCAGAAAACCCAUACCGGAAGAGCGGAAAAGCUUAGUAUGACCAUUUUCUUGUACAGAGUUACUUAAAUUAUUUAUUUACAAAUAGUGUAUGAUAUUUAUUUAUAUUGUAUGCAUUCAUUUUAUCACAGAU